GUGAUAAUGUUGGCGAAUCAAUCUGUUAAAAGUUUCCAUUUUCAAUCUUGUUUGUUUGGAUAUUGCAAAACCCUCUACAAACCCUUUCCUCCAUCCCUCUGCAAAUCAAUUCCUCUAUCUCCGAGAUAAGCAACCGUAUAGCUCACCACAAUGCUACUCGCAGCCACACCCCUUUCGUUCUAUGCUCCACCCAAGCCUCUUUUACCUCCACAACCUUCUUCUCUUCUCAAAUCAAGAGAUUUUGUUACUAUAUUCUCCACCACCACCCAGUCCCUAGUAUCUUCAAUUCAAUCACCACCAACACGGUUGCUCGCCACACCACCUACAGGAAAAUUUCUCAGAAAAGACUAUCUUAUUCAAAAGUAUUCUGCUAAAGAGGUUCAGCAUCUUGUAAAAGGAGAAAGAAACGUGCCACUGAUAAUAGAUUUCUACGCUACAUGGUGUGGCCCUUGUACAUUGAUGGCUCAAGAACUUGAAAUGAUUGCAGUCGAGUAUGAAAGCAACGCCAUGAUAGUAAAGGUUGACACAGACGAUGAAUACGAAUUUGCACGUGACAUGCAGGUUCGGGGUCUACCAACGUUGUAUUUCAUCAGUCCUGAUCCAAGCAAAGACGCGAUCAGAACCGAAGGGCUCAUCCCGAUCCAGAUGAUACGAGAUAUCCUCGACAAGGAUAUGUGAAAAAUACACAAAACGAGCAGGGGAUUCGAAAGGUGAUGGAUACAACUUCCACAUACAUUUCGUGAUUACGAUUUGCAUAGUUUUGGGAUGGUUUAGUGUUUUCGUAGGGGUUGGGUUUUGUUGUUUAUGAUGGUCGACUAUUUGGUCUUGAAAUUUUGGUCUCCGACCGCUGAGGUAUUGGUUUCUGAUUAAGAAGUUGGUUUGAAAUCAUUGUAGUAAAAUGUAAUACCCAUCCGAACUGAAUGAAAUUUGAGUUAAAAGGUUUCGGUUUAUUCAGGGU